AUGUUGGUGAGUGUAUUUGGUCUAGCAUUCUCUAGAGAUUUCCAGUGUAUAGCUCUACUAGUAUUUCCGUAUCUGACUGCCUCAAGAGUUCGAUGGUUAAUUGUCUUCUACACGACAGGUGUAUCAGUCACUGGACCAGGUUUAAACUUUUUACACAAUUCAGGAAAUUUUCGUAAUUCCAUCGCCUGUGUUAUUGCUCAAGUGAAUACAAAUAUGAUGAUAUUGAAAAAGUUAACUCAAGCACCAUUUGCUUUGUUUAAAAGUCAACUGGAAAAUUUAAUUGGCAGUAUUAAUUCAAUUGUUGAACGAUUUAGACAAACGCUGUCUAAAAUUAAUUUCUCUUUAAUUCGUCUAACUAAUGUUAUGGAAAGUCAAGCUAGUUGGAUACACUCAUUAAUUGUUGCCUGUGGGGAUAGUGUUGCCUUAAUUAAUCAAUGCCUGGCCUUUUUCAAUAAUAUUUACUUUAGUUGUAAGAAAGCUUUUGGUUUUUUAAGUGGUCUAUAUGUUUUCACAGAAUUGUGUAAAAAACAAGGUGCAGUGCUUGAAGACACUUUAAAUGUUACAUCAAAAACUGAGUUGGCAAAUCAAAUCCAUGGAAUACUCAAUGUUAUUGGUAGAAAGAAUUUAACACUGUCAGGGAAUUUAAGCGCAAUACAAGAAAUAACAUUUUCUAGUGAUCAUACAAUAUCAAAUAAAUUACAACAAAGAAUGGAUAGUUUUAUUCAGACUGUUGAUGCAGUCAAGUAUAUUGUAUCAUGGGUUAUGGUUGCAUGGACAUUAAUCACUAUGAUGACGUUAUUUGUUCAAGCAAUAAUGUUUCGAAGAUCUUGGUUAAAUAAUGAUGCUUAUAAUAAUGUAUACAUAACUAGUGCAUUUAUUGAACAAGAAAAAGAAGCUAUCCGAAAAGGUUUAGUUCCAACUGUUCCAUUGGUGCGUAAAGAGAAAAAAAUCUACAAAAAGUUAUCCAGUAUAAGUUGGACUUUAUCAGAGAAGCAUACGGCGAUGUUAGCUAGUAUAAUGCUGAUUAUUUGGAGUUCUUCAAUAAUCCUGGUGAUGGUAACUGAUUAUGCAAUGUAUACAGUUACUGAUAUUGUCAUCCCAUUGUUUUCACAUGAUUUUUCAAAAUAUGGAUCAGGAGGUGAUACAGAAGAAGGUUCACGCAUAGAAGAUGAUGAGAAUUAUAAACUUCAUAUUGAUGGGGAUUCAUCAUUUGCAAAUAUUAUCCAAUCAUUGACUGGUAUGCUAAAUCCGCUAAAGGAUGUUGCAUUGAAUAUAGAUGCGACGACUUGUCGACCAACACCGAAUCCACCUGACUUUAAUACAUACAUUGAGAUUAUUUUAUUGUUAUUAUUAGCAUUUAUAAGUGUUAUCCUUCAGGUAUACAUUAUGCGAUUGCGUCACAGUAUCAUGAUAUGGUAUUAUCCAAAGAAAGCUGUACAUCGUGCAGCAUGGCUUCGUACACACAUAAAAAAUAAUCGUGGUCUUUAUCAUCGUAUUAUACACAAAUUUAAAACGCUGGAUAUCAAACGAAAUCGUAGAGCACAGAAUAUAUCAUAUCUUGGCAGAUAUUUAAGUCGUCAUCGGCGGAUAGCAAAUUUACUUCGAUUGCUUGGUAUACAACGUAUAAUGUGUGUAUUUUGUGGUAGUGAUGGUAAUCCAUCGAAAAGGAGUGAAUUCGAGGAAAAUUUACACGCUGUGAUGACUGUGGGGCGUAUUAUUGUCGUGCAUGUCAAGUCAUCUUAA